UUUUGACCUUUCUAAAUAUUUAUUUGAUGAUAGAUCGGCAUGUAGCACAUAACCUGAAUUGCGAAUGAAUCACAAAAUAAAGUUGUUCAGUUUUUUGACAAUUUCUUCUUCAUAACUUAAAAAUGACUGAUGAUAAACUUUCGUCAAAAUUAACCCAAAAUUUACUUGAAAUUCUAAAUGAUGAAGAAUAUUAUGAUGUUACUAUUGAAGUUGGUAAUGAUCCUUAUAUAAAAAUAUUUCGGGCGCAUAUGGUUAUUUUAUAUUAUCGUUCCCCUUAUUUGAAAAGAAUUUUGUCAACUAAUAAAAAGAAAAAUGAUGGAAUUUUGGAGCACGUUAAAUUACCAAAUAUUUCACCGGAAAUUUUUCAAAUAAUUUUAAGUUAUAUUUAUAGAGGAAAAAUUUCUUUGGAGGAAUGUGAUACUUCAGAUAUAAUUAAAAUUUUAAGUGCCGCUUGUAUACUAAGUCUUCAAGAAUUAGUCGUUUAUUUACAAUCCUUUUUAAUUGAGAAUAAAACAAAAUGGAUGGAAGAAAAUUUUGGUUUAAUAUAUCAAACAAGUUUUGAAAAUAAUUCUUACUUGGAACUUCAAAAAUAUUGUACUGAUUUAAUAUCCAAAGAACCAACUAAAAUAUUCAAAUCCCUAAAUUUUUCUUCAAUUCCGGAAAAACUUUUAAUAUCUAUUAUUCAAAAUGAUUAUCUUCAAAUGAACGAAGUUCAAAUUUGGGAACGAGUGAUUAAAUGGGGUCUCGCUAAAAAUCCCGAAAAAUGAUAUCAAAAUUUUAAAGAAUACAUUACAACAAUGUAUUCCGUUUAUUAGAUUUUAUAAUUUAUCAUCUAAGGAAUUUACUGAUAAUGUA